GUUGUUCCAUCCAGUAUAGCCCGGUUGCUACAUCGCGAUAGGCAAGCCCGACCGCCACGUCAAGGUAGCAACAACAGUCGGGGUACCACAAGACAAAGUUUAGCAAGAUUUUAAAACUUAACGGAAAUACUUCAAGUUAAAGUGAAUCAAGAAUGCUUUGGAUGUAACAAGUACACAAAAGUAGGGAUAAUCACAACAAGUAAAAAAUCACUGCCAAGAUCUUCCAGAUUCAAGAGCAGUCUGUUCGUAAGCAAAUUUUCAAAUGCAUGUACUUAACGCUUCAAUCUGAUUAUUAAAAUACAUAAGUCAGAUAAUUUCGUACUGCAUGUUGCCUGUAUUUGUUUAAGUGCCUUUUUGAUGAAAAUUUGGUUUGAGAAGAGGGAGUUUUAGUUAGCUGCUUCGUUUCAUUAUCGAGAAUGGCAACCCUGGGUACUGGUAUGCGGUGUCUUAAAAGCUGUGUAUUCGUUUUGAACAUCAUCUGUCUGUUGUGUUCCCUAGUACUGAUUGGGGCUGGUGCAUAUGUAGAAGUUAAGUUCAGCCAAUAUGGAGACAACUUGCACAAGGUCUGGCAGGCAGCACCCAUUGCUAUAAUUGUUGUUGGAGUAAUAAUUCUUAUAGUAAGCUUCUUGGGUUGUUGUGGAGCUAUAAAAGAGAACGUCUGUAUGCUGUAUAUGUAUGCAUUCUUCCUCAUUAUACUUUUGAUUGCUGAAUUGGCUGCUGCCAUAGUAGCAGUUGUUUACAAAGAUAGGAUCGAUUCAGAAAUCGACGCAUUGAUGACUGGUGCUCUGGAUAAACCGACUCCAGAAAUAACUGAGUUCAUGGAUUUGAUUCAAUCAUCAUUCCAUUGCUGUGGAGCCAAAGGUCCUCAAGAUUAUGGGCCAAACAUUCCAGCUUCAUGUAGAGGAGAGACCACAGUCUAUCAUGAGGGCUGUGUACCUGUCUUUGGAGCAUUCUUGAAACGCAACCUAGUGAUUGUUGCUUGUGUUGCAUUUGGUGUGUGCUUUUUCCAGUUGUUAAGCAUUGUCAUAGCUUGUUGUUUGGGUCGCCAAAUAAAGGAGUACGAAAAUGUGUAAUCCCUGCAAAGAAAACUAUUGUUUAUCGGUCCCGUUCUGUUUUCCUUCUGGCUUUUAUGAAAUUAUGCUUUUUUAUUGCCUAGAUAAUUGUGCCUUGGUUAAUAAUCAUGUAUUCGACUUCGUUUACGAUAUAUAUUAAUUAUACAUAAAUAUGAUACUGUCAUUCUCAUUGUUUCACUUUUUAUCAUUCUUAUACAUAAUGAGUUGCAUUGAUUCCCUGGUAUAUACCAACAAACUGAUGACAAAUCAUCUUCACUUUUAUGGUGUCUUAUAACCUUUCACGUUUAUAUAAUUUUAAAUCUUUGUUACACCUUUUAUUUUACAAACCGCUUAUUUUUCCGCUACAGCAUUAGACGUUUCUUGUAUAAAUCAAUUCCGUUGUCUCAGUCUUCAAAUGCAAUUGGGGGGUGUCCUAAUAAUAUUCAUAGCAGUAACUGUUCGAAGUUUAUUCUAUUCGUUCUCAAUUCCUUUGUUUAAAACUGUCAGAACUCCAAAUAGAUUAAAGCGUCAUAGUGUUUGUUUGUCAGUAAUUAUACAUAUUUAUUACUGACGAUGUGUUUCAAAUACCAAAUAAUGAAAUAUUUAUGAAGAUAUAGUGGAAUUUGAAAUAAAGAGGCUAGUAAAUCGUUAUUCCGUCUGCGGUACUAACACCCAAAGACUUUAACUACUACUCAAGUGUAAGUGAGUCUGUCUCUGAGUAUUUUAACUAAAAUCUUGGAGUUGGACGUUAUCCCAUCUGACUGGUCACAAUCACUUAUCUUCCCAAUAUAUAAGAGAGGGUCAAAAUCAUCAUGUGACAACCAUAGAGCGAUUAGCUUAACGAAUAUAGCAUCUGAAAUACUAGCCUCGACUUCACCAAAGACCUAAUGAUGGGAAUAACGCUCUCAUCGACUGAAUUCUCGAGCAUUGAUCUCCUACCAGGAGGUCCACUUAUCGGCUUAGAAUACGCAGAUGAUAUAGUCCUGUUUGGUGAAGAUGCUGAUAAAAUGCAGAGUCUUUUGGUAGCACUAAGCAACAACGCCAGAAUGUUUGGAAUGCGCUUCUCUCCCUCUAAAUGCAAGUUGUUGCUUCAGAACUGGUCUGCGUCAACACCUGAACUAAGAAUAG